AUGCAGAGCCUUCCCAUCACUCAACCCCAGCCCUACAGCAACUCCCGGUCCCGAAGUCACAUCUGCAGCCAGUGUAAGUGUAGCCACCGGUGUGAGGGCUGCAGUCAGAGCCGGAGCCCCAGCCAGAGCCCAACCAGCCGGCGCAGCCCUGCCAGCCACUGCAGCCCUGCCAGCCACCGCAGCCCAGCCAGCCACCGCAGCCCAGCCAGCCACCGCAACCCAGCCGGCUCCCAAAGCCCAGCCGGCCCCCAAAGCCUGAGUCCAAACCCUGUCCUGCCACCAAGGCCCAAGCAGGCCAUGCACUCCCACAACUCCCCCACGCGGGUCACUGCCCCUUGCAACAGCCACUCCAAGAACAGAAAGCCCUUGAGAAGAAAGGUGAACAAGAGGAAGGUCAAGAGGAACCAGCAGGCGUACAGAACAAAGAGGCCGAGCGCAGGCCUUCGCGCAGGUAGGGAAGAGCCACAGGCCCCUGCAGACGAGGGAAGCAGCCCAGCUGGGCCUUGA